CGGAAACCAUUUGGUGCGUUUUCAAAGGGAAACCCACGUUUUCAAAUUCCUCCAGCGUAGUGUGGACACGGCCUAAGUAACCCUUCCAAAAGUGAGAGGAAUACGUAAGUAGGUAAUCAUGAUAUUUUACUUUGGAAAAAGAAAAUUACAACCCAACCUUAAUAAAUAAAUUUUCCAAUAAAUCGUUUCAAGGUGGCUACUCGAUCCCUAUCAAACUUGACUUAAUUUUGCGUGAAGUAUUUGUAAAUUGUUGGCUUAGAAAACAAAUGAAGAGACAACAACAGGACAACAGAGACAAUGAACCCAGCCCUUAAAACAAUAGAGUUGGGUGAACCAGGGAGCGAAUAAGAUAACCGGCUCUGAAGUGGUGCGUGGCUUCAGGAAGUUUCUCAAAUUAAAACCUCACUAUUUAAUCCUUACAAACACCAUAACCAAAUAAAUCACAGCUGAACUUGACAGAAUAUUCGAAAGAACAAACAAAGCAUGUAUUACAACUGAGAGUCGGACUGCGUGUCUCAAAUUUUCCCAUUUCUAAGUAAACCUUUCGGGGCUAAAAAUGGUUUCGUACCUAAUCCUAGCCUUUUCCCUUGCCGUUCAGUUGUAUUUUUCCCAAAGCAGCACAGAAGCAAAUUCUCAAUCAUUUCAAAAGAGUCCGUGUUGGAUGUGUAACGUGACACACUGUAAACAGUGCGUCGCAAGUCAGUGGACGCCGUGGAACCAAUGCUCGGCUCCGUGCGGUAAAAAUGGUUAUCAAUCGAGAACCAGGCUCGUACACCGGCCGUCAUCUUGUGGCGAGGAGGGUUCAUGCCGGGAUCUCACAACAAAGGAGUGGCGACCCUGCAAUAGGUUUUGUCACAAUGGAGGGACGCCUGAUCGAUGGGCCUGCAAGUGUCCACUAAACUACACUGGCGACUGUUGUGAAACAGCGUUUUUUGGAUGGAGCAUGUGGGGGGACUGGGGACAAUGUAGCAAGUCCUGCAAUUCCGGCACUCAAGAGCGCAUGCGUAUAUGUAUUGAGUCAUCACCGUUCAAUGCUUCCGUUUGUGACAAAGUGUGCAAUGGGUCGAGUAUUGAAACAAGAAAAUGCAAUACUUACCAAUGUCCAGUCCAAUACGAUUCGCUCGGUUGUUUCAAAGAUGGAACUCCCCGCGCUCUUCCCGAGCUGCUUGAAAGCUUCCGAAAAAAUAUCGAUUGGAUGAACAUGGCAAAAAUCGUUCAAGCGUGCGCGGAGGUGGCCCAUGAGCGUGGUCGUCAAACGUUUGGACUGCAGUUUUACGGGGAGUGUUGGAGUGGAGUAAACGGCAGCAAGACGUACGAUAUGUACGGGCCUUCCAAAAACUGUUGGAGUGGGGUAGGAAAGGAAGGGAGCUAUUACGUUUACAAAAUUAAAGUGUAAAUGUCGUUAGCCCAAAUAUAACAGGAUGUAAUGUAAGUUAACACUCACGUAGCCAUAAGCACUGGAAGAAUUGUUUCAAGUUAAAAUAAGAAUAAAUAUUGACUGAAAAUCACGGAAUUACACCAUGUGUAUUUAACUUUGAAUCGUUCUUCACAAACUCUUUAAUAAUUCAUCAAGUUUAAACAAAGAAAAUCAUGACUGUGACGGUGUUU